GCACAUGACGUCAUGCGCAUUGCUCGCCCCGUGCCCCGCUGCUCCGGCUAUGCUAGGAGUGCGUACCUACAGAUGUUUUAGCCGAAUACACAGUGAAUACCUGUUAUUUAAGAAAUGCGCUAUAACACGCGGCAAACGUGCCGUUUUAAGGAGAUGUAACAACUGUCCCCGCAGUUUGUCCGGACGCGGUGAUCACCGUUUCGCGCCUCAUGUUUGCGCUUGAAGAUGACUGCAGUUAGCAGACGUGCUAACUUGUUUUCCAGCUAACCAAAAGUGAAACAGGAACAGGAGCUGCAUGAAAUCCAGCGGAGUUGAUUCUCAAUAAAACCCCAACAAGACAAAGUCAUCAUGGACGCCUAAAGUUAGGCUUCAGCGACUCAUCAGGUCGCUUGGGGUUCUUUCUACUCUGAGGUCACUGUUCAUUCUGCAGCAUCUCUGACCUCCCAAACACGAGGGCGUGAGCUGAUGGGGCUUGUUUGCUGUCGCGGUGAGAGUCCAUGUGGUAGUGCGGAGGAAAGAAGCGGCCUUCUGACAGAUGAGUCAAAGGCCAACAUGCCCACUAGUGAAACAGUGGUAGUGGGCACUUGUGGUCUUGGAACAGAGGAUGACAUGAGGAAGCCCGUUGAUGAGGCCAGUAUAAAGGCAAAUGACAAAGAUGAAGUUGUGCAAAUGACUCAGAAUCUUGAGAAUGGAAAACUGGAGUCUAGUAACACUCAGGAGAACGGACCCGUACAGAAGGAGAGCAUUCAAACAUCUUCUCCUCACAAAGGGUCUGAAAUCAAAGAAAACCUCUCCACAGCACAAGAUGAAAAUAUGAAGAAACCCCCAGGUGACAGUGAACAGGAUAAACAUCUGCAAUGCACUUUAGUCCCCCAGCAAAAACUCCAAGCUGCAGCUGAUUUGGACAAUUUCACAACAACAACGACAACCACGGACGUGUCCGUAGAAGAAAAUCCAGCCUUGGUCCAGGACAGAGUCCCGGAUGGUGAUUUGCUAAGAGCUGAAGCAGUCUGCUCUGCAAAGCCUUCCCACACUGAGCCAAACGCAACAAGAGAGCACAGUACAGAGAGCACUCCUUGUGAUAAUGAUGAUGAAGCAGGCUCCAGAGUUACCAAUGACAAUGCUGUAGACGAGCCAUCAGGGGAAUAUUUUCAAAAGCCAAACACUUGGCUCGCCCCAGCAGCAUGUCAGGUGUCGUCCAGCUCUGUGGUCAGUCAGGACAUCAGCAAAGAGGCACAGAACCCUGCUGUGACAGAGGGUUCAAGCAAUGAGAGUUCUGCAUUGUCUGAGCAGGCCAGUGCUGAGGACUUAAAAAGGUCCGAUGUUCCCAAGUGUUCUGGACCAGAGCCUGCCGGUGUCACCCACAGCGGUGAGAGACAGGAUUCUGUUAGCUCCGUCAGGGACCCACAGGCCACAGGUCUGGCAGACGCCAGUGAAAGCUUGAAGCCCACUCAGUAUGCAAAGCCAGAUCCUGAGAGCUUGAAGGAGGCCACUUCCUUAAAGAGCAUCAAACAGGAUGCUGGAGAGGAAACGAUGCCGAGAGUGCACGACGAAGAUGGAGACGCUUCCAAAACAAAUGAGAGCGAUUUGGUUAAGAAAAAGGAGCCAGGCGACACGCCCUCAGAGGAUGAGGUUCAGGACGCAGAGGUGGCUGAAAAAGAAGACACGGCCAAAGAUGACUUGAGAAGCAGUGAGGAGGACCUGUAUCGAGGCGCAGAGGAACUGGCAGUGUCACAAAAUAAUAAAUCACAACCAUCGCCUGUGUUGGAAAUGAAAUAUUUAAAGGUGGAGGACAGGUGCAGUCUGGCCCCAGCGAUGGACAUUCUGUCCUACAGUGAGAGAGAGUGGAAAGGGAACACUGCCAAAAGUGCUCUCAUUAGAAAGGGUUAUAAAGAGAUGUCGCAGAGGUUCGGCAGCUUGAGGAGAGUGAGAGGGGACAACUACUGUGCACUCAGAGCCACGCUGUUCCAGCUGCUGUCCCACAGCACCCAGAUGCCCACAUGGCUGCAGGACGAGGACUUUGUCAUGCUGCCGAAGCAACUUGAGGCUGAGGAUGGGCUGAUAAGUCAGUGGACGUUUCCUGGAGACUGUCUCCUGGGAGAUGGGACAGGAGAUGCCACCCAGCAACUAAAGGGCUACAUGAAGCUGCUCCAGAAUACGUGGCAGGAAGCAGUGGACUGUCCCUCGGCCGUGGAGCGGCAGCAGCUGUGUGAGCGCGUGUUCCAGGGCGGAGAAGAGGAGCUCGGGCUGCUGGAGGCGCUGAAGCUGCUGAUGCUGGGCAGAGCGGUGGAGCUGCACGGCUGCAUGCAGAGCAGCGGAGACGUCCCGGUCUUCUGCUGGCUGCUGUUCGCCCGGGACUCGUCCACCUGCCCACGCUCAUUCCUCUGCAACCACCUCAGCCACGUGGGCCUCAGCGCGGGGCUGGAGCAGGUGGAGAUGUUCCUGCUGGGCUACGCCCUGCAGUGCACCAUUCAAGUUUACAGACUGUACAAGGCCGACACGGAGGAGUUUGUCACCUACUACCCCGAUGACCACAGGGACGAGUGGCCGUCGGUGAGCCUCGUCACGGAGGACGAUCGCCACUACAACGUGCCCGUUGUGGAAGCUGCAGAUCCACACGAGGAGCUUAGCGUGAGCUGAGACGCCUCCCGCCAUACGAACAAAACACUGCUCAGGUCGAACAAGAAGAAUAGGUUCACACAAAUUAAAGGGAUGGCUCGACAUUUGGGGAAGCGGGCAACAUGUAGCCACAGACAAUGAGCUGUUUAUCACAAAGACUGGAGGGCCAGGAAGCAACCAAAGGAGACAAGAAAUACUUGUUGAUCCACGUUUAUCUUGCGUAAUUCUACUGAGUUGGACAAAUUACAGGUUGUAGCUUUCUCAUGUUUCACAGUGGGAGACUCCCUUAUCGUCACUGUGACGCUAAACAGACAUGAUGCUACACGUCAAUGGGUGAGCACGCUGGGUCUCAUUGCUUUCCGGCCGACUCAUCUCAGCUGUUGCCCCCGCUCUCCAGUGUCGGUGAUAAGCCGCUCGUCCGUAUUCACAGCAACACCGGCACCGCGGUUCCCCGAAUGUUCGACGGCGCCUUUUGAACACAUGCUGAUUCGAGACCCUGUACAAGAAGUGACUGACACACUUUUGUACACACUGUACUGUACAGAGAGUUUUCUAUUUGGGUACGUGAACAUACGGUGGUGCUUGAAAGUUUUUAAACCUUUUCUCAGCUUCUGCAUGAAUAUGACCUAAAACACAAGCAGACGAAGUUGAAGGGAACAAAUACUUAUACAAAAUGAACUCAAACCUGUAUGAUUAUCAAUUAAUUUAAAUGGGAAAUUGGAGUCGGGUGUUUCAGCCUAAGGAAUGACAAUCAGGUGUCAGUAUGAGAGACCUCAGCAUUAGCUCAGUUAGGAUCAGUAUUAGUAGAGCCUCAUUUCAGCCACGUAAAAGUCACUGAACAACAACAACAGUGGGAGUGUCAAAGUCGCAAAGUGAAAGCAACAGCCAAAACGCAUUGCAGCUUGCUUCCAGUUUGCUAAAAGCCAUGUGGACGAACCCAAAGUCUACUGGAACCAUGUUCUGUGGGCCGAUGAGACCAAAAUAGAACUUUGCGGUUAGAAGGAGAAGUGUUGUGUUUGGUCUGAGUCCCAGCUGGAGAAGCUCAUCAUAAUCAGCCUGGACUACGAUGAUUCACCACCAUUACUGUCCAUCUUUAAAGUCAUGCUCAAGAACCUAAAAGCCCUUGAUGUUGAUUUAGGUCAUAUUCACACUAGAAUGGGGUUCACACAUUUUCAAGUGCUGCUGUAUGUCACUGCUGUGCCUCUAAUAUUGCAAGAUCAUCUCAGUUAGGUGUAAAUUACAUGGCAGGGUGUUUUGAGUUUCAGGUACGAUGGUUUGGGUGGGGGGGGGGUCUAACCUCUUCGUUUCUUCUAGUAAAUUGUUUCUAAUCAAAUGAAACUAGCGCCAAACUAAGUUUGUGUUUACACUGGAAUUCGGGCACGUUGUAACUAAUUUAUUCUUUUUGAUGUGAAACGUGGUUUAAAUGAAGUCGACUGUCAUAUGUGAAACUGCUGAUUUAGUCAAUGAGGUGUUUUCCAAGCGCAGCGGCAGCUCGUGCCGCGUGGGCCCGGAUGCCUUCGCAGGACCAGAGGGGAUCUGUGUGCGUCUGUGUGCGUCCGCGUGUGUCAGAUUAUUGUGUAACACGUUGCCUUUAACCAAGCUGUUCAGAAUGAAGGGGGGGGGGGUGCCAAUGUCGCUGCCUACACCGGCAGCAGUGCCAAUCACCAGCCGCUGGAUUCAGUUCGCAAAGGCUCGCUUGGCUUCCACGUUGCCUUAGAAAUAAUGCACAAUGAGAAUGAGUGUUAACGGGGUCGCUGACUCCAGAACAGAAGGAAACGCAAAGGGGAAAAUGAUGCCUCUUGUUCUUGCACUGUCAGAUUUUUGGAUGGCAUUUAAAUAAAGUUAAAGUACAGGUU